AUGAUUUCUACAAUAUGUUCGAGAGCGGCGCUUCGGGCUCGCUCUAUGGAGCGCUGCGCUUCGAGUAUCGUCGAGCUACCGAAAUUGCAGGAUUUCGACGUACAGAACGAACCCGUGCUGGGGUACCGGGCCGGCAGUCGCGAGCGAACCGAAUUAAUAAACGAACUAAAACGAACCUCCGCCGUCACGGAGGAAGUGCCCAUCGUAAUCGGCAACGAGAACAUCAAGGAGGGCGAGCCACGUUUCCAAGUGAUGCCGCACGACCACGGUCGCAAGUUGGCCAAGUUUUAUUAUGCCAGUGAGAAGACAAUCCAGAAAGCGAUUCAAGUGUCGAGCGAGGCUCAGAAGCGAUGGGACCGCACACCGUUAGAAGAGCGCAUUCGCAUUUGGCAGAAGGCGGCAGACAUGAUGGCCGGCGAGCACCGUCAGCGCCUUAACGCUGCCACCAUGUUGGGACAGUCAAAGUCCGUGGUGCAAGCUGAAAUCGAUGCAGCGGCUGAACUUAUUGAUUUCUUCCGCUUCAAUGUUUUCUUCUUAAAAGAGAAUGCUAAAUAUCAACCUAUCUCUGAGGAUCCUUCUGUUACACGAAACUCACUGAGGUUCAGAGGUCUAGAUGGGUUUAUUGCCGCUAUCAGCCCAUUUAACUUCACUGCAAUUGGAGGUAACUUGGCUUACACUCCUGCUCUCAUGGGGAACGGUGUGGUGUGGAAGCCUUCUGAUACAGCUCUUCUAUCUAACUGGCGCAUUUUCAAUAUUAUGAGGGAAGCAGGCUUGCCUGAUGGAAUUGUUAAUUUUGUGCCUGCCGAUGGACCAACAUUUGGACGUACCAUUACUAAAUCUCCACAAUUAGCGGGUGUCAACUUCACUGGAUCAGUACCUACAUUUAAUUGGUUGUGGAAUGAGGUUGGUAAAAAUCUUAAUUUAUAUAAAAACUAUCCUAGAUUAAUUGGAGAAUGUGGUGGAAAGAACUAUCAUUUCAUCCACCCCUCGGCAGAUGUGCAGACUGUGGUAACUGGAACAAUUCGGUCCGCUUUUGAAUACUGUGGACAAAAAUGCUCUGCUUGCUCGAGGAUGUAUGUUCCCAAAUCUCUUUAUGAGCCAAUCAAACAAGGUCUGCUGGAUGAGCGUUCUAAACUCAAAAUUGGAGAUCCCACAGACUUAAAGAUCUUUACAGGUGCUGUUAUUGAUGAUAAAGCUUUUGAAAGAAUAACAGGAUACAUUAAAAACGCUAAGAAAAAUCCAAAGAAUAAAAUUUUAGGUGGUGGUGAGUUUGAUGGCAGCAAAGGAUACUUUGUCCAGCCUACUAUCAUUGAGACUUCAGAUCCACAUGACAAACUGAUGGUAGAAGAAAUCUUUGGGCCUGUCCUCACUAUGUAUGUCUAUGAAGACCGUGAUGUUGACAAGGCUCUCUCCCUCGUAGGGUCAUCCACCAAGUUUGCAUUGACAGGAGCCGUCUUUGCUACAGAUCAAAAGUUCCUGGAAGGUGCUCUAGAUGAGCUGAAGAUGACUGCUGGAAAUUUCUAUAUUAAUGAUAAAUCAACAGGGUCUGUAGUGGGCCAACAGCCCUUUGGGGGCGGACGCAUGUCUGGAACCAACGACAAGGCCGGUGGACCCAACUAUGUAAUGAGGUGGACCACACCCCAAUCUAUCAAGGAAACAUUUGUUCCCCUCCGAGACAUUGAUUACCCCUACAUGAGAGAU